AUGGGUCAAGGCGGAAAACUCAUUCUCAUAAAUGGUACGCCAUACGCAUGGGAGCUCACCUAUGAGCAUAGCUAUCAAAUGAAAUCAUGGCCGUUCAAGGACUUCUCCACGAUACCCGCUUACUCCUCCGUCUCGAUCUAUGUGGAAUGGGUUGGCGACAUCUUCGAGGAUGUGAAUGACGACUCGGGGGAUGCCACAUACACCCUUUCCGGUACAUCGUAUUCCUUUCAGAUCCAAGCGCGUUGGCGAUUCCUGCAGGUGCAGCUUCAGACCAUGGCGACCGUGGGAAACGCUCAGGGCAGCACGAUCGGCCUUGGCUGGAAGCACAAUGGCAUCGUACCUUUUAUCUUAUCUGGAAGCGAGGGCGGUUUCUCGUCUUCCAACCCGCCAUCGGCAUGGAUGCAGAGCAACAUCGCGAGACUUGGGCCACACCCGCUCCGCCACCUCUGCAUUCCUGGAUCACAUGACUCCGGAAUGUACAGACUCACCGGCGGUACUGCCUUCUCCAAUACGUCCAACACGAUCACUCAGACGUUCUCGAUCGGAGAUCAGCUCAAUCGUGGAGUACGCUACUUCGAUUGUCGUCCUGUUUUGAGCGGGAGACAAUACGUUUCGGGCCACUACUCUGACCUAGCGCAUCCGCUGGGGUGGCAGGGAGGGAAUGGGGAGUUCUUCGUGGAUAUCGUCUCGCAGAUCAACAAUUUCACCAAUUCGAACAAGGAGCUCAUCAUCUUCAACUUGUCCCACGAUCGCAACACGAGCGCAGGGCGUGACUACAAAGCGUUCAAUCAAGAAGAAUGGGACGACUUGUUCAAGCUUCUGACGGGCAUCAAUCACCUCUACGUCGCCUCGAAUCCGGAUACCGUCGACCUCACCUUACUCCCCCUCGGCGAGUUCAUUGGCAAUGGCGAAGCAGCGGUUGUCGUCAUCAUCCAGCCCGACGACAAUACCGUCACACUGGGUGACUACGCCAACCUCGGGUUUUACACCUACGCGCAACUGGACGCCUACAACUCGUACUCGAAUACCGAGCACAACGACGAGAUGUCCCGCGAUCAACUGCAGAAAAUGCGGGAGGUGAGAACGGACCCGGAUGCGCAGUGGUUCCUGUUGUCAUGGACCCUGACGCUGAACGCGGCAUCCGCGGUGACGGGUGUACCCACGAUCCUCGAGCUGGCUCAAAAGGCUGCGGCGAGCCUGUACACGGACGUGUACUCCGCAUGCACUCCCGCCACAUAUCCGAACAUCCUAUACCUGGACGCCUGGCAAAGCUCGGACCCGACGGCAUUGGCCAUGGCGAUCAAUGACACAGUGAAUGAAUUGUAG